CAACAACAACAACCCCGUGGCUGCGGCAGCGGAGGAGAGCAGAGUGCCGCGCGCGCGCGCGUCUCCAAACUGGGCGUCCGCCUGCCUCAAAUAGUCUCAAAGCGACAACUUUCACUUUCCACAUGCGGAUGGGUGACUUUUCGCGGCGCUUUGUGAGGAGGAGAUGAUGAAGAAUUUCAGCAGCAGUCCACUUCACAGCAGCAAGCAGACGGCCAACCACCUCCGAGAGCGAAACAACCGACAGUACAGCCUACUUUCUGCUGUUUUACCGCUGCGGGUUUCCUUGCGAGGGUAUGGUUUCUGCAUGGCUACGCUGUUUCUCUUCUGUUUCGGCUCCCUUUUUUACCAGCUGAACGGAGGACCGCCGAAAAUCCUGCUGGACAUCCGACAGUAUCUCGGUGAAUCCACAUAUCUGGAUGAUCACGGACCUCCAGCACCAAGAGCGCUCCUUUUCCCCAGCGAAGUGGUUUAUAACCGCGUGGGGAAGUGCGGCAGCCGGACGGUGGUCAUCUUGCUGAGAUUGCUGGCCGAAAAACAUCAGUUCAACCUGGUCUCCUCUGAUAUCCACAAUAAAACACGCCUCACGAAACAUGAGCAGGUGGAUCUCAUGAAGAACAUCAGUAGUAUCCCUCAGCCAUUUCUCUACACACGGCACGUUCACUUCCUGAACUUUACCAGGUUCAGGAUAGAGCAGCCGGUCUACAUCAACAUCAUCCGGGACCCCAUCAACAGGUUCCUCUCCAACUACUUCUUCCGUCGCUUCGGUGACUGGAGGGGUGAGCAGAACCACCUCGUUCGCACUCCGGGGAUGAAAGACGACGAGAGAUACCUGGAUAUCAAUGUGUGCAUUCUGGAAAAUUACCCAGAGUGCUCCAACCCCAGAGUUUUCUACAUUAUUCCGUACUUCUGUGGACAACAUCCUCAGUGCAGGGAGCCUGGAGUUUGGGCUCUGGAGAGGGCCAAACAGAAUGUGCUGGAGAACUACCUCCUGGUGGGCGUCCUGGAGGAGCUGGAGGACGUUCUGCUUCUGUUGGAGAGGCUCUUACCUCAUUACUUCACGGGAGUACUCAACAUCUACAAGAGCCCUGACUAUAAGAAGAUGGGGAAUAUGACGGGCACCGUGCGUAAACACACCCCCACUCUGGAGGCCCUGCAGGUGCUGUACCACCGCAUGCGCUACGAGUACGAGUUCUACAACUUCAUCCGAGACCAGUUCCACCUCAUGAAGAGAAAAAUUGGGCUGAGGUCCGUGUCCCGCCCCCCCGCCCACUCGCUGGCCUUCCUCCGAGAGCUGGCCCUCCGAACCGCAGAGCCUCUGGAUGAGGACGAGGAGCUGGAGGCAGACCUGGAGGAUGCUAACAGCUGGCUGGUCCAUCCCUGAGGGCUGUUGGGGUGAACAGUGGAUGUAGCCAAAAUUCUGAAAAAUUAAUUUUAAAAAAAAGCUGAUGGGCUUGAAUUGGCUGGAGAUGGCUGGAGGCAGCCUGACGGGGGAACUUCCCCCCAAACUGUCAGCGGUCCUGAGAAAAGUGAGUUUGUUCUUAGGGUGGGUGGAUCUGGAAGCUCGUGUUUUUUCGGGCUUUUCAUCUUUAAUAGACUCCUGCAGGCUCGGCACUGAGGACGACAGAGUUGGGUAUUUGGAACGACAAAAUGCUUUAUUUACCAAACGUGAACAAGGACAGUGGGAAAUGCUGUUUGACUCAAUUUGCAUGACUCAAGUUUUGUUUUAAUUUGAGCUUGUUUUUUGGGUGUGUUUAUGUAAAACAUCAUUGUUGUGAUCUCCAGGAGAGAUCAGCGCAAGAUGAGCAUCGUUUGACGUGUUGGGAAAUAUUCUAAAUAUUGAUCACUGGGGCAUUUACUGUAAGAGAGGAUUAAGCCCAAGAACGAGGUUCAUUCUUGAUGAAAGGGAUGAUGUCGUAAAAGCUGGAAGGAGAAAUGGUACCCGUAAAUGAAAGGUACCAAAACCUGUUUUUGUAUAUUAACUGUCCCACUAACAGUUCGAGUAACUGAGAGUGAACCUCGGUGCACAAGCAAGUCAGUAGAGUUGGUGCAUGACAUUUUGUUUAAUUUGUAAGAUAUUAUUGGGUAUAAAUGAGGGUUGGACAGUAAGCACUCAAAUAUGAAUUCAAAGAAUUCCGUCAGUGUGUGCUUGAAUGAUUGAGUUUGACCAAAUCAGUAGUGUAUUUUAGCAUCGCUUUAUGUUUUGAGGCGGGUCAUUUUUGGAGAAAAAAAAAGAAAAAAAAUUAAUUUAUGGAGCGUAGUUUGUUUUAUCCAAAGUCUAAAAGAUUGAGCUUGCCAAAUAUUAGUGUUUCUACUGCAAUACAUUCCAUAACUGUAUGAAUAUGAUGCAUUUGUGACUUUUCAUGAAAUAGAGUAAAUUGAGGGAUUUGGUCACAAAACUGGAUGCUAAUUUUUAUUUAAAACAUGAUUAUGUUACUGUUUAAGGGAAUGUUUUCCAUAUUAUCAUGAAAGCGUGUCAAGUGUUACUAUUAUCCAGCUGACUUCUCCAACUAUCCCGCAGCUAUGCACAGUAAAUGUUUUUCAUCUUUCAUGUAAAAGUCAUCAAAGAGCAUUAACCAUAAGCUAAUAUGUGACUGUCACCUAUAUGUGGUACCAUCUUAAUCUCCAUUGUACCUUUUCACUGUCCGGGUUUGUCUUCAGUGGUUCUUUUUUUGCCCGUUUAAUUUAUUAUUUUGUAUUCGUUUCCAGAUAAGAUACUCAGGAAGGAAAAAAUAUGUUUAAUAACUUUAUUAUUUGUGUUUUGGUUUCUGGCGGCUAUGAAACUAUUCUUGGUAUUUUAAAGUUUUCAAAAAUGGGUUUUUAUCAACAGCAGAAACUUGUUAACUAAAGCAGUUCAUCAUUUUAAAGUCUUCAGAAUAAAUGUCCUCUAACCAUUGCA